CAACCUGUCAAGUGAGCCUGAGUCAGGCCUGUUUGCAGGAGUCCAGUUCUGUGCACUGAAGUACUUUUUAAUCAUGUCUGCUGGGAUUUAGGCAUGAAGAUGUCCUACAAAAUGAGCUACUCUCCUCUCCUGCGUGCACACACAGCGCCGCCUCGGCCGUGCCAUAAAGUGUGUGACGUAGUCAGCAGCCCCAGCAUGAAAGGGCAAACUCUGCUCACUCAGGCAGACAGUGCAUUGCUGUGCGGGUCAGACUCACCUGGUGACAGAGUCCCGGCUCUGAAAGCUCACCUGUGGCCGGACGGUGCAGAGGAAACCUCUGGGAUGGAGAGGCUGCUGAGGAAAUGUCAGAUCAGAAACCAACUGGCCAGGGAGUGCAUGGCUGAAUGCCUCGGAGUCUACGUCCUGAUUCUGUUUGGAUGUGGCUCCGUUGCCCAGGUGACCACAACUGAAGAUAAGAAGGGGCAGUACCUCUCAAUCAAUCUGGGUUUUGCUCUGGGAGCAACGUUUGGGGUCUUUAUGUCUCGUGGAGUCUCAGGUGCCCAUCUGAACCCUGCUGUAUCUCUGAGCUUGUGCGCUUUGGGCAGACAUCCCUGGAUGAAGCUGCCUUUCUACGUCUUCUUCCAAAUGUUCGGAGCCUUUCUGGCUGCAGCCACCAUCAGCCUGCAGUACUACGAUGCCAUCCAGACGUACAGCGGAGGUAAGCUGACAGUGACGGGUCCCACUGCCACAGCAGGCAUAUUCGCCACCUACCCAUCUGACUACCUCAGUGUGGGGGGAGUCGUGGACCAGGUUAUUGGCACGGCUGCACUGCUGCUGUGUGUCCUGGCUCUUGGAGACCAGAGGAACAGCUCCGUCCCUGAUGGUCUUCAGCCCGUUAUGGUGGGAGCAGCAGUGCUGGUCAUUGGCAUCUCCAUGGGCUCCAACAGCGGCUACGCCAUCAACCCCGCCAGGGAUUUUGGACCUCGACUGUUCACGUACAUCGCCGGCUGGGGAGUCGAUGUUUUCAAGGCUGGAGGUGGUUGGUGGUGGGUGCCCAUAGUGGCUCCCUGUGUUGGGGCGCUGCUGGGAACACUGAUCUACGAGCUGAUGGUUGAAGUUCACCAUCCUCUCAGUCCACCUGAGUUACAGACCUCAUGUCAGGAGGCCACUGAGGGCAAGGCGGGGCUGGAGCUGGAGGGGGUGGAACCGGACUGUGAAAAACCCACUAAAUGA